UUGUUUUGGUCUAGCUCCACACAUGUAAAGUGAAUGUUGAAGUUGUUCAGAUCAUAAUCCAAGGACAAUUGUGUUGAACACUCGCGCUAAUAAUUACAAAGAUUAGUCUAGCCUAGACUUUAUUAAAGUGAUUGACAUGGCAGAGAACCUUAACUGUCAAUAUGGAGCGAAAUGUUACCGAAAGAGUGAGGAGCAUCUCAAGAAAUUCAAACAUCCAGCAAGGAGAACAAACGAGGACUCGGCCUCGGAGGAGGAUGAAUCGGAUUUGACAAGUCAACCAUCAAAACGUCAAAAACUGUCUGAAGAUCAAGAAGCGGAUUGUGAAGAGCAGAAUCAGCUCCCUAGCAGAACUGAAGAGCUUGAAGAAGAGGAGUUGGAGGAAACUUGUCCAAUUGAAAAUGAAGAUGCUGAUGAGAACCCUGGUACUCCUCCAAACAUAGACAUCCAAGAAGAGUUGAGGUUAAAGUUCAAAGUUGAGAUGCCACAAGAUUUCUUUGAUUUCUGGGAUUACUGUAAGAGCAUCAAUCCAGCCAAGCCUUCAGAAGCAUUGAAAGAAGAUAUUGGCUUGGUGCUUGGAGGUCCGUAUGAUGUCAUGGCAGGCAGGCUGAAAUGUGUCAAAGGUCAGAGACCCAAUUAUUUAUUGCACCAUAGGUUCUUCUACGACCCUCCAGAGUUUCAGACAGUGCUUCUAGGAGACGAGAAGAAACAACAUCACCUGGGGUACUAUAGGGAUGAACCACAGAAAGUUCCAGUUUUUAUUGCGUCAAACUCAGCUACAGAGGGCUGUACCAUUACAACUCAGGGAGAGAAUAUCUUUGCUGCAGUGAAGUUACACAUAGAUAGACUGAUCAAACAGACCAAGGACAAGAAGAGGUUAGAAGGUUUGAAGAAGGUGGAUAAGUCUCUGACAGAGUGGGCCAAGAAAUCUAACCACUCUCUGGAAGCUAAGACAAAGAACAUGAAAGGUCGAGAUAAGAAGGUGGUCACUAAGACAUUCCACAAGGCUGGAAUCGUUGUACCCUUGGACAGUACGGGGGUCGGUUACAGGGAACUUCCAGAAACAGAUGGUGACUUGAAGAAGAUCCUGAAGAAGAUCGUUGAGAGUGAAACUGAGCAGGUGAGAGCUCGAUAUUCAGACAGCCUUCAGGAGAUCAUCACCUUGAUCCAGUUUGCUAACGAUGAGUGCGACUACGGCCAGGGCUACGAGCUGGGCUUAGAUCUCUUCUGCUUUGGAAAUGAACGUUUUCAUUCGAUGAUCGGAAUGCUUCUGUCGGUCGCCUACCAGCUUCUCGGGAGAGAAGAGUUUGGGGAAAUCCUAGAUGCUCACUUGAAAGAACGCGAGAAGGAUAAUGUUAGUAAAAUCUUAUAGCCCAAAAUACACUUUCUUAUGGGUAAGUUCAUUUUGAGUGAUGUCAGAGAUAGCUUCAGUGAGGAAGAAGGAAUCUUCAAACCAUUUUGUUUCAGUUAGAAUAGGCUCUUGAAGCAAGCAAAAUGCAGAAGAGAUGACUGGAUUUUUACGUAGUGGUUCUGUUAUUAGAGAUUAUCAAAGCUAACUUGUGAAUGGUUUAUGUGAGAGAAAAUA